AGCCGUACGGCAAGAGGCCACAGGUUUCGGCCUACGGGCUCGAGAGCGACUUCUUGUUUCCCGACACGACGAAACGACAAAAGCGACGAACCCGCGAUCAACGAUCAGCCCGAGUCGAGUGCCCGUGGUGCCUUCAGUUGUUGCUAUUUUAAACAAUUUAUUUAAAUGUUCAGUCGAGAAACGGGCGUCAAGAUGAAAGCAGCUGCCAAGUUCGGGCUUAGUUUUUUAGUGCUACUCAGUGUUGUGUUCGGUCUUUCGGCGGCACAAAGUCAACUGAGGAGACAGUAUGAAACCAAUCGUCGUACACCGGCACGCGAUAAGGAUGUCGCGAUAAAACCAUCCCCUGUACGAGAGCCAACAAAUCCGAACAGGGGCGCAUCGGAGGACGAUUUAGACGCAGAGCUAACCGAGAACUGUCCCGAACCUAAUGGAUAUUUCGCGGAUGCGGAACAGUGCGAUAAAUACUAUGCAUGCCGCGAUGGUCACAUUGAGGAGAAACUCUGCCCGGAUGGAAUGGUUUUCAAUGAUUACGAUUUAGAGCAGGAAAAGUGUGAUCUACCGUUUAACAUUGAUUGCUCUAAACGACCGAAGCUUCAAACUCCUAUACCGGCCCAGCAUUGUCCGCGUCAGAAUGGAUAUUUUGGAAGUGAGACUGGAUCUUGCGAUAAAUUCUACUACUGCGUAGAUGGCAAGUUCAACAUGAUCACAUGCCCGGCUGGUCUCGUGUUUAAUCCCCGGACCGGUAUCUGUACAUGGCCUGACGAGGCGGGUAAGCUCGGUUGCUCGUCGGAGGAGUUGUUCAAGUUCUCAUGUCCGAAGGUUAACGAAACAGUAGCUGUAAGCCAUCCGAGGUACGCAGACCCAGAAGAUUGCCAAUUCUUCUACGUGUGUAUCAACGGUGAAACACCUCGUCGCAAUGGCUGCAAACUCGGACAGGUGUUUGACGAUACCGCAAAGCACUGCGAAUGGGCCCGCAAGGUUCCAGAAUGCGCUGACUGGUACAAGAACCGCUUGACAGAUGCUGAGUUGGAUGCAUUAGAAAAUCCACCAACUACUAAGGCACCGGCUGUCAAGGGUUCGACCAAGGUCUCACGCCGACGUCCGUCCAAAAAACCAAAGCUUGAUGAGGAGGAGUAAUUGCGUUCCGUGUAUGCAAUAUUCAAUUGUAUUUAUCACAAAUCAAAAUACUCAUAGGCAAUUUGGAUCGAUACUCAAAUAUUGUUAUUUAUUUGUUUUUUCGGAAUCAUAAAACUAUAUAAAACUGAAAGAAAUAUCUAAAA